CGAUUGAGUAACAUGAUGUAUAAAUACUGCAUCGCGUUAUAAAAAUAAUUCAAAGUUUUUAUGAAUAAUAGUGAUAGUUCACUUCUGUAGCUUCAAAAUGUAUACUAAUAUUGGACGAUGUAGCACAAGAAUAGUUUUCAGUAGAACAUUUUCUGUAGCUACUCAAGUUGAAGCAAGUAAUGACAUAACUAUACUUAAUCAAAAAUAUCCAAUUGAUAAAUGGACGAAUAUUACUCCAAAUAUUGUAGCAAAAUUAGGAAAAAAUUUACAUAUUACUCCAUACCAUCCUUUGUCUCAUAUUCGUCAACGGAUAAUUAACUAUUUUUACAUGCAAUUUCAUAACCGCAUUGGAAAUCCAGUGUUUAGUGUCUAUGACAAUAUUUCUCCUAUAGUUACAGUAGCUCAAAAUUUUGAUUCUCUUCUUGUACCAAAAGAUCACCCAAGCAGGAGCAAAACAGACUGUUAUUACAUAAACCAAGAUACCUUGUUAAGAGCACAUACAACUGCUCAUCAAACAGAAUUAAUUUCAAUGGGAUUGAAUAACUUUAUUGUAAUAGGAGAUGUUUAUCGUAGAGAUGAAAUAGAUUCCACACAUUACCCAAUUUUUCAUCAAGCAGAUGCUGUCAGAUUAUGCACAGUAGAUGAAGUGUUUCAGAAUGUGAGUAGUCCUGACGGAUUAAAAUUAUUUGAACAUAGAGGAAUAGAAACUCAUGAGAAACAAGGUUGUCAUACUUUAGAAUCAGUAAAGAUAAUGGAACAUGAGCUGAAAACUACCUUAACAGGUUUAGCACAAGCAAUUUUUGGACCAGAUGCAACGUGCAGAUGGGUUGAACAAUAUUUUCCUUUCACUCAUCCAUCAUGGGAACUAGAAGUUUAUUACAAAGAUCAGUGGCUUGAAAUAUUAGGAUGUGGUAUUAUGCGUCAGGAAAUUUUAAAAAAUAUAGGAGUAACAGAACGCAUUGGAUGGGCAUUUGGAUUAGGUUUAGAAAGAAUAGCUCAGCGGUUAUAUGAUAUCCCUGAUAUUAGAUUAUUUUGGAGCACAGACAGUGGUUUCUUGAACCAGUUUAAAGUUGAAGAUCCUAAUGCAACAAUAAAAUACCAGCCAGUGAGCAUUUAUCCUCAAUGCAAAAAUGAUAUAAGCUUUUGGUUGCCUCAAGACCAAACUUAUUCAUCAAAAGAUUUUUAUGACUUGGUAAGGAAUAUUGGUGGUGAUAGGAUAGAACAAGUUAUAUUGAAAGAUGAAUUUGUUCAUCCAAAAACUAAAAGAACAUCACACUGUUAUACAAUAAUAUAUAGACAUAUGGAACGUACAUUAUCAAAAAGGGAAGUAAACACUAUUCAUUCUAAUAUAGAAAGGCUUGCUACUGAAAAAUUGCAUAUUGAAGUCAGAUAAGAAGGGAAGUUAGAUAAAUUUAAUUUAAAGGUAGAAUGUUACAAAAGAUCAGUCAAACAUCAAAGGAAUAUAUUAUUUUAUUUUCACAUAAAUUAAUUGUAAAUAUAUCAUUAAGUCAAAUAAUGUUUAUCUAGAAAUAACUGUAUCAUCUAAGGUAUGCUAUACAUUUUAUCGAUAUCAUUGUAACUAGUUUUACAUGUUUAUAAUUUAUGCACGAAUAUAAAAAUCGAUUUCCUCUAUUUUAUAGCAUUUUGAAUUCAUGAUAAUUAAAUUACAUUAUGCUUGAAAAUAAUUUUAUUCAAAAUAUAAAGAUGAUAGAAAAUGAAAAAUCGCGCCUAAUGUAUAAAAAUUAAAAUUUAACUUUCGAUAUUUUUUUAUAUUUGUUAAAUACAUUAGAAACUGUCAAACAAAGUAUCACGUGCUUUCAGUUAGUCAAGCAUCCGUGUACUAUAAACUUAAUAUACAAAAUACUGCAAAUGGUAUGAUUGAAUGUAUACGAUAAGCGUUAGGUGAGAUUGAAUAAAAAUGCUAUGCUGUGUGAACACAUUUGAAGGAUGAAAAAAUCUUGUUCUUGGUUUUAAUAAAUAAACAUUAAUAAUAACA